AUGAAUCCUGCUUUGGCUGCCUUAACAGGAAAUGUCACUGAUAAACUUGCACUCCGCGAGUUCAAGUCUCAAAUAAGUGACAAUUCUCUUGGAGUCUUGGCCUCUUGGAAUGAUUCUCUCCAUUUCUGCCAGUGGAGCGGAGUCUCAUGUGGCCGCAAACACCAAAGAGUCACCAGCUUAGACCUUGGUGGGCAGAGUUUGACUGGAACCAUAUCACCACACAUUGGAAAUCUCUCCUUCCUUCGAUUGCUCGACCUUUCAAGCAACAGCUUUCAUGCUGACAUCCCCUUUGAAACCGGUCGCUUGUUAAGGCUUAGAACUUUGAACUUGAGCCAUAAUUCUUUGGGUGGGGGCAUUCCAGCCAAUCUGUCCCACUGCUCCAACCUCCUCAAUCUUGAUCUUCAGUACAAUAAUCUUGUACAGAACAUUCCCUCUGAACUUGGCUCUCUGUCAAACCUUGUGAUACUGUUCCUCAAUAACAACAAUCUUAAAGGAAGGUUCCCAGCUUCUAUCGGAAACCUUUCAUCUCUGCAGCAGCUUUCACUACUAUAUAAUAAUUUGGAGGGAGAAAUUCCAAAUGCAAUAGCUGGAAUGAAAAGUCUGAUAGUUUUCAUAGUGGCACAGAAUAAAUUUUCUGGUGUGUUCCCUCCUCCACUUUACAAUCUUUCUUCUCUGCAAAUCAUAUCUUUGGCUGUAUGUAAGUUUUCUGGUAAUCUCGAUCCCAAUAUGGGACUUGUUCUUCCAAAUCUCCAGAUGCUGUUACUUGGAGGAAAUCAAUUCACAGGACCAAUUCCAGUUUCGUUGUCCAAUGUUUCAGAAUUCCAAUACCUUGACGCCCCUUCAAACAAUUUCACAGGAAGCAUACCUAUGUCUUUUGGCAACCUACAGAACUUAUUGAAUCUCAAUGUCUUUGGCAAUCUUCUUGGAAGUAGUUUGGGGGAUGAUUUGAGUUUUAUCACUUCUUUAAUCAAUUGCAGCAAGUUACAAUUGCUGGAGUUGAGCAACAACCAUUUCGGAGGCGAGUUGCCCAAUUCAAUAACAAAUCUCUCGAUCCAAUUGACAUGGCUAGAGCUAGCAGGAAACAAUAUUGGCGGAAGAAUUCCUACAGAGAUCUCAAGACUUGUUAACUUAAAUCAACUUAGCUUAGAGCAAAACUUGUUGACAGGAAAUAUUCCCGACUCAAUUGGGAAGCUUCUAAAUUUGAAAAAACUAUUUUUGGGCGCAAACAGAUUGAGGGGGGCGAUCCCUUCUUCCUUUGGCAACAUCAGUCAGCUGUUAAUACUUAGUUUGUACAAUAACAGCUUAGAAGGAAUCAUACCAUCAAGUCUUGAAAACUGCAAAUCGCUGCAAAUUGUGCACCUUUGUCAUAAUAAAUUCAAUGGCACCAUACCCAUGCCACUCAUUGGUCUUUCAUCCUUGGUAGACCUUAACUUGUCUCAUAACUCCAUGUAUGGUUCCCUGCCACCAGAAACUGAAAACUUGAGAAAUCUUGUUUAUCUAGAUGUCUCGUACAACAAAUUUUCUGGCGAUAUUCCAAGCACAAUAGGGAAGUGUUUGGCAUUGGAAACACUUUAUCUGCAAGCCAACUUCUUUCAAGGGACCAUUCCUAAUUUAAGUGGAUUGAAAGGUAUUCAAUAUUUAGAUCUCUCCAACAACCACUUAUCUGGCCAAAUUCCACUAUACAUGGUGAACUUCUCCUCCUACUUGCAAAAUUUGAAUCUGUCUUUCAACAAUCUUGAGGGUGAGGUACCUGUACAAGGAGUCUUCAAAAAUGCAAGUGCAAUUGAAAUCUUAGGCAACAUCAACCUUUGUGGGGGGAUUGAAGAGCUGCAUUUGCGCCUGUGCACAAUAAAAGAGCAAAAGAAACCCGGCAAGCAUAUUGCUCUCAAACUUAUUGUGCUGAUUGUCAUUGUUGUUUUUGCCUUAGCUCUGACACUGUUGCUGACUUUUGUUUGCUGGACAAGAAAGUUGCAGAAGAAACCUCUUUUCACAUCUUCAUUUGGGAGAAUUUACCACAGGAUUUCCUAUGAAGAGCUCCUCAAUGCGACUGGCGGAUUCUCUCUGAGCAACUUGAUUGGUUCAGGAAAUUUUGGCACCGUCUAUAAAGGAAUUCUAGGUCCAGAAGAAACCACCGUUGCAGUUAAGGUACUUAAACUUCAGCAGCGAGGAGCUUUCAAGAGCUUUAUGGCUGAAUGCCAAAUCUUGAGGAAUAUACGGCACCGAAAUCUUGUCAAGGUUCUUACUGCUUGCUCAAGUAUUGAUUUUGAGAGAAAUGAUUUCAAAGCUUUAGUAUAUGAGUUCAUGCCAAAUGGGAGCUUGGAGAAAUGGUUGCAUCCAGAAGAUGGGCAAAUACAACGGAGGAGUUUAGACCUUCUCGAGAGGAUAAACAUUGCAAUAGAUGUGGCUUCUGCGCUGCAUUAUCUUCACCAUUUCUCGCAGAUGCCUGUGGUUCAUUGCGAUCUAAAGCCAAGCAAUGUUCUUCUUGAUAAUGACCUCACCGCUCAUGUAAGUGAUUUUGGUUUGGCAAGGCUCCUAUCAAGAUCCAGUAAGAAGGCUAAUUCAAAUAACUCCAGUUCGCUUGCGGUCAAGGGAACCAUUGGGUAUACUGCACCAGAAUAUGGCAUGGGAGGUCAGGUAUCAACUCAAGGAGAUGUGUACAGCUAUGGUAUUCUCUUGUUGGAAAUGUUCACAGGUAGAAGGCCCACUGAUGAACAAUUUAAAGAUAAUUUAAACCUUCACAACCUUGUCAAGCUAGCAUUGCCUGGGCAACUAAUGGAGAUUGUCGUUCAAUCAGCUUUAUACAACAUAGAGGUAGGAAAAGAAACAGACAAGGCUGAGGUUUGGAGCAACUGGAGAAGUUAUGAACAGACUGAGUGCUUGUUCGGUGUAUUAAGGAUUGGGGUUGCAUGUUCAAUGGAAUCUCCACUAGACAGAAUCAAUAUGACACAAGUUUCCAGGGAACUGGUUUUGAUCAGGGAAAAAUAUUUUGGGAUUGGAAUGCAUGGACUGAAAAGCUCACACCUAGAAAACAGCAGUACAACAGAGCUUGUUGAAGCCAUAUGA